UUGCAUCCUUUAGCUCGUAACAAUGCUGUGUUGCCGCUCGGGUGGUGACGCUGCCAUGGCCGCUGCCGCCAUCGGCUUCCGUCUGCCGAGGCAGUGGGCAUCUUCUCCUCGGCUCGCGCCACAGACGAGAAGACAGCGGCGGUGGUGCUCGGCGGCGAUGGACCAGCCGGAGACGGAGCCCAAGAAGAAAACGGCGACUGUGAGGAGCAAGGCUGGGGACGAGCUGGAGGUGUGCCGUGUGGUGAACGGCAUGUGGCAGGUGAGCGGCGCGUCCUGGGGCCGCGCGGCGCCGGCGGCCGCCGUGGACGCCAUGCUCCGGUACGCCGACGGCGGCCUCGCCACCUUCGACAUGGCCGACAUAUAUGGACCGGCGGAGGAUCUGUAUGGCAUGUUCAUCAAUAGAGUACGGCGUGAGCGCCCACCUGAGAUGCUUGAAGAAAUCAAGGGGCUUACAAAGUGGGUGCCACCGCCGGUUAAAAUGACAAGAAGCUAUGUUGAGGAUAAUAUCAACAAAUCUCGGAAGAGGAUGGACGUUGCAGCCUUGGACAUGGUGCAGUUCCAUUGGUGGGACUACUCAAAUCCUGGAUAUCUAGAUGCACUGAAGCACAUGACAGACCUAAAGGAGGAAGGCAAGAUAAAGACCGUAGCUCUGACAAACUUCGAUACAGAAAGGCUGCAGAUAAUUCUAGAAAACGGAAUACCGAUUGUCAGCAACCAGGUUCAACAUUCUAUUGUUGAUAUGCGCCCGCAGAAAAAAAUGGCAGAGCUUUGCCAGCUUACAGGAGUGAAGCUUAUAACGUAUGGCACAGUGAUGGGUGGUCUUUUGUCUGAGAAGUUUCUCGACACCAAUGUGUCCAUACCUUUUGCUGGACCUCCUCUGAAUACCCCAUCCUUGCAGAAAUACAAAAGGAUGGUUGACGCUUGGGGUGGCUGGAGCCUGUUCCAGGCUUUGCUUCAAACCUUAAAGACGGUGUCACUGAAACACGGUGUCCCUAUCGCGACUGUCGCUGUGAGAUACAUACUGAACCAGACAUCUGUUGCAGGUUCGAUGGUGGGCGUCAGGCUGGGGCUCUCGGAACACAUCAGAGACACCAACGCCAUACUGUCCCUCAAAUUGGACGAGGAGGACAUGAACAGCAUCACCGAGGCAUCGAAGAGGGGCAGGAACCUGAUGGAUGUAAUUGGAGACUGCGGCGACGAGUACAGAGCUUAGUUACAAAUGGCUGGGAUUCGGAUGUGAUCCCAUCAUGUGCUCUAGCUUGUACGGUUGUACCCCACGAUGAGGGCACUUGAGCAAAUAACAUGGAAAGUUUUCAAAGGCAUGGAGACUGACAGGCAGGCAAUAAGGAUUAGGGGAUCAUGUGCUCACCGAAAGCACCAAUGCAGCCAACGAAUGUGGAGAGGAGGCAAUAGCAUAUCCCGAUCUUAAAGACCGGUCCGGUCCAGCUGGAUAAUGUAUUUAAAUUUAAAAAAAUGGAAACAUGUAUACGCUUGAUUGAAUCAUUAUCCUGAUGAUACUUUUUUUUAGCUUAAAACACUGCUUUAUUAAA